AUGGCUUUUAGAGUGAUUUGUAUUCUUUUGGCCGUUACUUCUAUCGCCUAUGCUUCAGUAUUUUCGCAAUGCGAACAAGACCCAGAAGCAGUUUCAGUUCAUGUUGACAAUUGCAAUGACGAAUACUGUGAAGUAAAACGUAGCACUCCAGCUAAUAUGGAACUUGCUUUCAGAACAGUCAAAGAGGCGACAAAUUUGAGUUCGACUGUUAGAGCACAAGUUGCGGGAAAAUGGUUUCCAUGGCCCUUGGGUUCUGCAUCCAAAGUAUGCAAUAAUCUGAAAACAGGAUCAUGUCCAGUGCCAGCAAACACUGAAGCUACAUACGGUUUUUCUAUUAAAAUCCCGAUCAUCGCACCAGUUGGAAGCAAACCCCUUAUCGAAAUUAAAAUCACCGAUCAAGACAAAACAGUUGUUGCAUGUACUCGUUUUCCUGUUCUUGUUGUAGCUUAA